GGUGACUAUCACAGCAGCCAAUCCAGCUGGGGAGGAGGGAACGCACUGGCCAUUCCACUGUGGAUAUAAGGCCCUGCUUCCGUGGGCAGAGCCCAGAAGACUGUGACCCGUCAAACCUGCUCCUCAGUGCUGCCCAGCCUAGGCCCAAGCCUCCGUCUAUCACUGCUACAGAACAGGAAGACAAAUGCAGUCGGUUUUGCCAGAACCAGUCAGCAUGCCAGAGGGACCGUGGACAGUCUUUGGUGCUGCUCGGACUUUGAGUUUUGGAGCAGGUCACGUGGUUUGACGUGACUUCACAGCUCUCCCUGCCUGGCCCUGCCCCACUAUAGCCAUCUGCAGCUCAGCAGCCAGUCUGGGACUCACCAGGCUCUGGCCAGCUACAGGGAGGCUCUGCAGAAGCAAGUCUGGGCCCCUCAGCAUCCAGGCAUGGCAGAGCUGUGCCGCAUGGACUCCACGCUGACUGCCCUGGAUGAGGAGACGCUCUGGGAUCUGCUGGAGGGGCACCGCUGCAAGAUCGUGCAGAGCAUCUGCCCCAGCCGCCUCACCCCCUACCUGCGUCAGGCCAAGGUGCUGAGCCAGCUGGAUGAGGAGGAGGUCCUCCACAGCCCCCGCUUCACCAACAGUGCCAUGAGAGUCGGACACUUGCUGGAUCUGCUGAAGGCCCGAGGGAAGAACGGUGCCGUCGCCUUUCUGGAAAGCCUGAAGUUCCACAACCCUGAUGUCUACACUCUGGUCACUGGGCUGCAGCCUGACAUUGACUUUGGCACCUUCAGCGGUCUCAUGGAAACGUCCAAGCUGACCGAGUGUCUGGCUGGGGCCAUCAGCAGCCUGCAGGAGGAGCUGGCCCAGGAGAAGGCGCAGAAGGAGGCGCUGCUUCGGAGAUACCAGCAGCUGAAGGAGCGCCUGGGCACAGCUGAGGCCCGGGCAGAGGGUCUGCGUCAGCUCGAGGCCGACCACAGCCGCAUGAAGCGUGAGGUGAGCACGCACUUCCACGAGGUCCUGAAGCUGAAGGAUGAGAUGCUGACGCUGUCCCUGCACUACAGCAACGCGCUUCGAGAGAAGGAGCUGGCCACAACGCGCUGCCACAGCCUGCAGGAGGAGCUCUACCUGGUGAAGCAGGAGCUACAGCGGGCAAGCCUCGUGUCCUCCUGUGAACGGGAAUCUCGAGAGAGGUCUCUGAAGAUGGUCAGCGACCUGGAGUCUGAGGGAGCGGAACUGAAUCGCCUUAAGGAGGAAAAUGAAAAGCUGCGCUCCAUGACCUUCAGCCUGGUGGAGAAGGACAUUCUGGAGCAGAGCCUGGAUGAGGCCCGGGAGAGCAAGCAAGACCUGGUGGACCGCAUCCACUCGCUGCGGGAGCGAGCGGUGGCUGCAGAGAGGCAGCAGAAGCAGUACUGGGAGGAGAAAGAACAGACCCUGCUCCAGUUCCAGAAGACCCAGGUGGACUGCGAGCUGUACAGAGAAAAGAUGACCACACUACAGGGCCAGGUGGCUGAGCUGCAGAAGGAACGUGACCAGGCGUACGCAGCCAGGGACAGGGCCCAGAUGGAGAUAUCUCAGCGCCUGGUGGAGAAGGAUGCCCUGCGCAGGACGGUGUUUGAGCUGACGGAGCAGCUCUGUGAGCUGAGGACUCAGCUGCGCAAGCUGCAGGCAGAGCCCCCGGGAGGGCCCAAGCAGGAAGCGGGAGCCAGGGAACUUUGCCUUCGGGGGAAGCAGAGGCUGGUGAGGAUGCAUGCCAUGUGCCCGCCACCCGAUGACAGCGACUGCAGCCUCCUCAGCUCCACCGAGUCCCAGCUGUGGUGGGACCUGAACUCCAGCUCCAGCCGCGAGCAGAUGGACAGCUUCCGCUCCAGCAGCCCCAUGCCUCCCAGCCAGCAGUCACUGUACAAGCGUGUGGCGGAGGACUUCCUGGCAGAUCCUGAGUUUCUAAGCUUCUCGGAGGUCCCGGAGGCGCGGCUUGAAGGGGCUGUGGGGGACGACACGGACACAGACCUGGAGUACGAGAUGCUGGACAGCGCAGACCUCCGCCAGCCAGAGGACAGCCUGCAGGAGUCUUCACAGAGCCUGAAUAUCUCAGAAAGCAGCAUCCCUGUGAGGCGGAGGCCAGCCCGCAAAAUCCUGAGCCAGGUCACAGUGCUGGCGUUCCAGGGGGCCCCACUGCUGGAGCAGGUCAGCGUCAUUGGCGGGAACCUCACCGGCAUCUUCAUUCACCGCGUCACCCCCGGCUCCGCGGCAGAUGAGAUGGCCUUACGUCCUGGCACUCAGAUCAUGAUGGUGGACUACAAACCGACGGAGCCGUCAUUAAGGGCCACGCUGGAGAAUGCCACGCUGGAGCAGGCUGUGGGCCUUCUCAGGAGGGUGAAUGGUUCCUGCUACCUGUCUGUGAAGAUCAACACUGAGGGGUAUAAGAACCUAAUCCAGGACCUCGAUGCCAAAGUGGUGACCUCCGGAGACUCAUUCUACAUCCGGGUCAACCUGGCCAUGCAGAGGAAGGGCGAGGGGGAGCUGCAUGCGCACUGCAAUGAUAUCCUGCACGUCACCGACACCAUGUUCCAAGGCCGCAGCUGCUGGCACGCCCAUCGCGUGAACCCCUACACCAUGAAAGACGUGGAGUCCGGCACCGUCCCCAACUAUUCACAGGCGCAGCGGCAGCUCCUGGCCCUCAUCCAGGACAUGACUCAACGGUGCACAGUUCCCCGAAAGCCUUCUGGAGGAACACAGAAGUUAGUACGAAUUGUUAGUGUGGACAAAGCCAGUGUCAGCCCUCUGUCUUCAUCCUUUGACCACAGCCAGCUGGACUCUGGCAAGGAGGAAGGCAGCUCCAGCGUGUGCUUCUGGGCAGAGAGCUGCUUUACCCUGGCGCCGUACACCCUGGUGCACCCCCACAGGCCUGCCCGGCCCCGGCCUGUGCUCUUCGUGCCCAGAGUGGUUGGGAAGAUCCUGGGCAAAAAGCUGUGUGCCCUCCAAGGUUUUAAGCGGUGUCCGGCAGAGUACCUGAGUCAGGAGGAGUAUAUCACGUGGAGCCAGAGAGGGGCCAUCGUCCAGGAGGGAGAGUCAGCAGGUGACCGCCACUGGCUCACCCGGCACGCCGUGGAAUCCCUCAUGAACACGAGCACCCAUGCCCUGCUGGAUGUCCGGCUGGACAGCGUCCGAGUCCUGCACAGAAUGGACAUUUUCCCCAUCAUCAUCCAUGUCUCUGUCAAUGAGAAGACGGCCAAGAAACUCAGGAAGGGCCUGCAGCGGCUGGGCAGCUCGGAGGAGCAGUUCCUGGAGGCGGCCCGGCAGGAGGAGGGGGAACUGGACAGGGUGCCCUGUCUGUACAGCAGCCUGGCCCCCGACAGCUGGAGUGACCUGGACGGCCUGCUCAGCUCUGUGCGCCUGGCCAUUGCUGACGAGCAGAAGAAGGUGGUGUGGACAGAGCAGAGUCCCUGCUGA